CUGCGUCAAUCUGUGGAGUAGGCUACACAGUUGUGUGAAAGGAAAAGAAGAGCUCUGUAUUAUUCAGUACACCACUGAACCUUCCUGCUUCACUGUUAUAUUGUGUCAGUCAGAGCAUAAGUGGACCUUUCCGUUGCAUGUGUGCCUACAGAUGGUCUGUGUAGUUUAGCCUAUACUGUAACGAGUGCGCCCGCAUCACUAGACUUCACAUUGGUGAAAACAAGAGAAGUAGACCAAAGAAGACAGAAGAAGAGUUGACAAGACAUUUUCCAGAGCCAGAAGCUUGUGGAAACAGGAUGGAGGAGAGCCUUGCAUCUCUAACACACUAGAUCCUUCACUGUUCCAGCCAUCACUGCCCCACACUGGCCCUGCGUUCCUCAAGAGCAGCAGAAUGGACGAGCAGCGAAGCACUCUUCCUCCUCCUCUCAAAACUGAAGAAGACUACAUUCCUUACCCCAGCGUUCAUGAGGUUCUCGGCAGGCAGAGUCCAUUUCCCUUGAUUCUGCUGCCCCAGUUUGGGGGUUAUUGGAUUGAAGGGACCAAUCACAAGCUGAGCAAUGGGAUUGACCCGGAGCAGCUCCUGUCUCCCACCUCACGUUUCAAACUGGAGUGCAACAACACAGCUAAGAUCUACAGGAAACAUUUUCUGGGCAAGGAACACUUUAAUUAUUAUACAGUGGACAGUGCCCUGGGCCACCUGGUGUUCUCCAUGAAAUAUGAUGUUAUCGGGGACCAAGAGCAUCUCUGUCUCAUGCUCAGAACAAAAAUGAAAACGUAUCACGAUGUGAUUCCAAUAUCUUGUCUAACCGAAUUCCCCAACAUUGUCCAGAUGGCCAAGCUCGUCUGUGAGGAGGUGAACGUGGACCGCUUUUUCCCGGUGCUUUACCCAAAGGCAUCCAGACUCAUUGUCACAUUCGACGAACACGUCAUAAGCAACAACUUCAAGUUCGGAGUCAUUUAUCAGAAGUUUGGACAGACCUCAGAGGAGGAGUUGUUUGGGAAUAACGAGGAGGGUCCUGCUUUUGUGGAGUUUUUAGAGUUUCUGGGACAGAAAAUCGAGCUCCAUGACUUCAAAGGGUUUCGUGGAGGGUUGGACGUGACACAUGGACAGACAGGCUCUGAGUCUGUUUACCACAAUUUCCACAACAAGGAGAUCAUGUUCCACGUGUCAACUAAGCUCCCUUACACAGAGGGCGAUACACAGCAGCUGCAGAGGAAGAGGCAUAUAGGAAAUGACAUCGUGGCCAUAGUGUUUCAAGAGGAGAGCACUCCAUUCGUGCCAGACAUGAUUGCUUCCAACUUCCUGCAUGCCUAUGUAGUGGUUCAAGUGGAAAAUCCCUGUUCUGACAACGUCCUCUACAAAGUUUCGGUAACGGCGAGAGAUGACGUCCCAUUCUUCGGACCACCUCUCCCUAACCCAGCCAUUUUUAAGAAAGGUCCAGAGUUUCAUGAAUUCUUGCUUUCCAAGCUGAUCAAUGCUGAAUACGCUUGUUACAAAGCUGAAAAAUUUGCCAAAUUAGAGGAGCGCACCCGGUCUGCCCUGCUGGAGACGCUGUAUGAGGAGCUACACAUCAACAGUCAGGCCAUGAUGGGGUUGGGAGGAGAGGAGGACAAACUGGAGAAUGGAGGAGGAGGGGGAGGGGGCUUCUUUGAAUCUUUCAAGCGGGUGAUGCGCAGCAGGAGCCAGUCUCUGGACACCAUGGGCCUCAAUAUCAGGAAGUACACAGUCUCCAAUAGUCACAGCGGCAGUUUCACCCACAACAACAUCAACCACCUCUCACCAGAGACCCCCAAAACCCCUGGGAUAUCAUUGCUUGUCCCAGGCAAAAGUCCCAGUAAAUAUGGACGGCGUGGCAGUGCCAUAGGAAUAGGAACCAUAGAAGAGUCUUUGAUCAUUCCUGGAAAAAGCCCAACUAGGAAAAAGUCAGGACCCUUCAGCUCUCGACGUAGCAGCGCUAUCGGCAUUGAGAACAUCCAGGAGGUCCAGGAGAAAAGAAUUGCCGCUGUGUUGUCAGAGGACAGGACAGUGCUCUGUCUCUCUCUACCCAGCGUCACUCUCAAGAAUGGGAGGCUCAUCGUGGAUCCCUUCAAGGAGAGCUCCCCCAGCACACAGAAGACUCCUGACAGUGGCCACGCCUCCCAGGAACCCAAGUCUGAAAACUCCUCCAAUCAGAGCUCUCCUGAGGUCCUCAUCACUAAGAACAGUUCAAGCAUUUACUGCCGAGCUCCGUCCAUUCCUGAGGCACAUGACCUGUCCCGCUCCUCCUCUAAUGCCAGCAGCUUUGCUAGUGUGGUAGAGGAGAACGAAACAGAGGCCACAGAGGACUAUGACACCGGCAUGGAGAGUCUGUCAUCAGCAGAGACUCCUCAUAAGCGAGACUCAUUGACAUACAGCACAUGGAUUGAGGACAACAUGAGCACUACCAGUAUAACCAGUAGGGAGAGCUCUCCUGGCCUUGGCAAAACUCAACAGCAGGAUGGUGUAAAGAACCAGGAGCAGAACCGUACAGACAUUCGCAUCAAACUUGAGCGGGCGCAUGAUUCCAAAUCCACAUCGAACUGCUAGCCUCUCCUGAUUGACUUGCCUCAUGGACAUCCAUCAACAGCAUUUCCAUUAGAAACACCUUAGAGAGACAAGGAGAGCUCGGGUUACUUGAUGAAGAAAAGGACGAUGACACCAGUCGGCUGCAUGAGUGACAACAUGCCAUGAUCAUGUGACCUCCAUUAGGAUACUCACUACCCUCGCAGACUUGACUAGAAACAGGAAGGUGUUGGAUAGGCAGUCAGAAACUGUGCCCUCCUUCAGACUUGUCCUUAACCCCCUUGUGAGUACAUCAGUAAAUGAAUGAGAACCUCCUCUGUAGCAGUGUCUAAUGACAUGUCUUUGUGCGGAUGAGCGGCUAAACUAGAAGGUUGUUUGAGGUCCUAACACUGUGCUAAAAUUCAGUUCUGUGAAGUCUUUCUCCUCAAGGACAUUUUACCUGCUUGCACGAUGAAAGCAUUUUCAGCCCUGUCCCAAAUGGUGGGCUCAGGCUGUGCAACAGGGCGCAUAGAACAUCCUUCUGAAACCUAAAAUGACAAAUGGAACUUGCUACGGUCAUCGCACAUCUGCAAGUACAGAACACAUCAAAUGCACUAUUUGGGACAGGGUCAUUUCUCAUAUUCUGAUAUAAUUGAUGUUCUUUCAGUCAGAUUUCAGGUGUAAAACCCCUUGAUCUAAUGUUUAUAACAGCUGUGCAAUACAUCUUUUGACAUUAUUUAAGAGUAACUCCACUCAAAAAGUUUUUCUGCAGAGAAAAAAAAACGAGUAAAAAAUACUGUUUUGUGAAUUUCAGUUAAGUCAAUGCAUAGUAUUUUGAGUAGGGGAGCAUCGAUAUUAAAAAUAUAUCUGAUAAGCUGCUAAUUAUGUUCAUCUUAUGACAAAUUCUACUUAUUUGUAAAGAAACAAGAAAUAAAAAUAAAAUGUAACUUUUUAAAUGCUACUAAGUAAAGUAUCACAGCAUCAUAAUGUGCAGUAUAAAAUUCAACAUUCUUUUUGAAAUUGUUUUUAAAGAUUAAUAUAAAAGUGCCCCCUUAUGCAAUUUUAAACUUUCCUAAUGUUGUUUUGGAGGUCUCCUACAACAGGUUCACAUACAUCUAAGGUAAAAAAAAACAAAAAAAUUUUCACCACAUUUUUCAAUGAUUCUCAAACGACUCGUCAGAUGAAUCAAUCUCUCUAAAUCCCUCCUUUCCAUGAGCUACUCUGCUCUGAUUGGCCAGACAGCUCAGUCUGUUGUGAUUAGUCUACCGCGGACAGUGCGCAUAUCGAAAACAAAAACACAGAGCAAUUCUACACCAUAAACUAAAGACAGUAACGAACAAUGACGUUGAUUUUACCAUAUUAAUCCGAACGCGAGUCUGAAGAUUUACCAUUAGAAGAACUAGUUAUUCAACCCGAACCUCCAUCGCAAGGACGACUCGAGCAGGACGUUUCUCAGUGAGACACUACUCGGUUUGAGGUACAUUAUGAGAUGUUGCACCUGCAAUUCCUCACCAUCAGCAUUAACAAGUGUAUGUCAACAAUGUAUUAACAAACCAAUUAUUUUACUUACACUUAUUUAUUCACAGAGUAUUUUUCUUAUUUUCGUAUUUUCGUCAGUAAAAUAAAGGGAACACUGCAAAAGUUUAGGAUUAUACUGCUGUUAAUUUUAACCACUGAUUCUUCAAAUGCUCGUCUUCGGGCAGUGAAAAAAAAAACUGGCUUUAUCCGCACAGCUUCUUCUCGACAUGAUUCUGUCCAGUAUCCACAGGAAUUAGAUGCAGUGUUUGAGGUUCAAGUUUUCCCUGGUGUCUGCAUGCGCAGUAAGUGGGCAGGCAAUAUUCUAAUGUUUCGUCUUGACGUCACAACGAAGCGGCUUAAGACUCAUUUGAACAAGGAUUCAUUUAAUUGACUCAGUCGACUCUUACUUUAAUAUACAGUGCACUUACAGAUUUUAAUCUUUGCAGGAUGUUUUCAUUCACUUAGUAUGUUACACGCUACAUGAAAGGUAUUUUUAAAAAAAUUAAAGGGGAAAAAAAGCUAUUAUACAAAAUAUACAAUUAUACAUCCAAUAAAACAAUUAUACAUCUAAUAUUGGCCAGUAUUGAUAUUUAAAAAAUUCUAAUUUCAGACAAAAACCGAUAUGGUACUGAUUCUCAAUAAUGUGCAUUAUGUGCAUAAUGAUUUUCUCAUAUUUAAGAAAGUGCUGUUACUCUUAAAUAAUGUAUCUAUUUAUCUGCCAUUAUCAACUGUGCAUGGAGAAAUGGGGCAUUUAAUGAGUGCGAGUCAAAAAAAAAUAUUCACGCUUGGUGAAGUGUGAGAGACGCCCUCUGAAUAUAUUACAUGAUACAUUGCAGAUGCCUUACCUUACCCUCAAACAGAUAAGAAAUUCAGCCGUCAGUGUUACAACAACAGUGAGCUAACAUACUAAUUCAGCUCAGUUUUCUGACCAGCUGACCAAACAGGACUAACUGUAAAUCAUGGUUUAUGCUCAGCUUUGAUGCACCAGUUCGACGUCUUGAUUGUUUAUCUGUUUGCCACAUAAGCAGCUUGUGAUAAAUAAAAAGCUGCGAUGUCUUGAGUUUCAUCUUUAGUGCGGCAUUCCUUAUGGACUCUUUUUUCCGAACUGUAUAAAAAUCCCUAGUGGAGAUUCUUUCUUUGUGUUGAAUCAAUUCAAACUGGUUAUUCUUUGCUUUGUGCUUGAACAUCAGAUGGUUUAAUGUUUAAGCUGUGUGCCAAGAUACCAGUCCUCUUUUAAAAAGUCUAAACAGACUUUGGGAGUUUAACAAAUGUGCUGUUGCUAAUCUAUAAACCAAUCAUUAAUGCCAAAAAUCAGUCAAUGUGAUGUUUGCUCUUUCUGUUAAAGGCAAAAAGCAUUGAACGGAGCCUAAAUAUGACAGAGUGGUUUGGAGUUGCCUUACUCUAAGUGUCAAAAUAUAUGAACAGAUUAUUUUGUAAUUUAUGUCUGAUGAAUGAUUGGCCUUUCUGGCCUCCAUUAAACUGCCUUUAUAAAGCCCCUGGUCCUACACCUUUAAGAUGUAAUGUAGCCUAGUCGUCAUUACUGAUCCAUGUUUGUUUUAUACAGUUCCCAUUAUUGAUCCGUCCUGAUGGCAUACUCAGACAUUGGCUCUGUCUGAAACCUGAAAACUGAGUUGCAGGCAAUAUACUAAGGUAAGAAAGGCAGAAAGGUACAUCCAUAUCCAGUCAGUAUAUAUAUAUAUAUAUAUAUAUAUAUCAGUCAGUAAAUGACAUUAAGGCCUUUGAAGCCUAUCUGAAAGCAGAUUCAUUAUGCCUGUGGAGUCUUUGACUGACUAAUGUUUCAGACACAGCCAAUGUAGGGCUAAAAGGCUAGACAUCAUCACAACAUCUACAAAGAAUUGUUAACUCAUACCUAAAACACCUUUUGGAACAGUUGUGUAUCAAUCAAAAACAAAUCUGUUUGAAAUAAUGUUUUAGUCUGCUUGUGUUUGCUCUGCGCAGGGCUUCUGUGCCCCCUUGUGGUGAGACAUGAUUCUACCAUUUAUUUGCAGUGUCCAUGUACAUGACUGUAAUUUGCUGUUCCUGUGCGGAAGUCAAAUUUGUCUGUGGAAACAAAAAAAGAUGCAGAACAAAAUCCAUACAGGGUAUGAAUUUUUAGACAUUGUUAUGCUUUCCUUUGAGCUGCUGCUUCUGUGACCUUUUCCUGUGCAAUCAUCAUUGUAAAUACUGCUUUUUUUGUACAUACUGCCCAGAAAAUCUGAAACAAAUAAACUUGAGUGUGAUAUUUCACUGAA